AUGUAUCGGAAGUUGUCUAAGUUAGAACACUCGGAAAUAAAACAACUUCUUACAGAAGCUAAUAUAGAUGUUGCAAAGCAUUACGCAACAAACAAAAAAGCACUCGCUGACAUCCUCAAUGACUAUAAUGGUGCAAUAAGUUAUGAUAGAAUUCAUGAGUUCAUAAAGCCGCAACGCGGCGAGGACGAAGUCCAUGCAAGAGCAUUUCCUUUAAAUGACGUUGCUAUUGACUUAUAUCAUAGACGUUCAGUACCUCAUGAAGUAAGAAGAGAAAUGUUUGACAUAACAAAUGCAAACGUUGGUGAAACAAGAAGAAGAGACGACACACUGAAACAACAGAGAAGAGAGAUGUUUAAGAGCGCUAUAGAACAAGUUCGCAAAGCUAACGAUGUCCUUCGUUCCAUUGACGACAAACCAAAAGAAGGUGAGAGAUGGUUAAAGAAAGAUGAAGAGAAUAGGAAGAGGAAUGUUAAGACAGGCAAUAGACUCAUUGACUUUAACAUCGAAGCUUUAGAUGAACCAAACAGAGACUACUUACACAAACAUUUCG